AUGAAACGGGUAUUAAACUAUAUAUCGGACAGAGAAAAUAAAGAAUUCGCAGAAGUAGAUAUAGCUACUUACGAAAAGUACGCAAAGAUUAACAGAAAUACAAUCUACGUUAUAUUUUCUUUGACAGUAUCAGCAUCCAUACCAUGGUACAUAUUUGUGACUAAAGCUUCUUUAGCAGAAGAAGAUGAUCCAAUAAAUUGUCCGUUAAAACGAUACAUUUGCUACCAACUCUGGUAUCCUUUUGAUCUUUAUCACAAGCAUUUCUGGAUUACAAAAUUAGCUGACACUGUAUUAUUUUGGUCCAUGGUUAUCUGUUUGACUUUUACUAGAGUUAUUACUGUCUUUUUCAUGGUUUACGUAUUAGGACAGGUGAAAAUUUUACAAAAUAGAGUGAGAGGUAUUGAUGAGACUAGUAAGUAUUUGGUGGAAAAAAAAAAUAUGGAAUAUGACCGAGCUAUUUUGGAAACUAUUAUUGGAUGUGCUAAAAAAUAUGGAGAAAUACAAAAGUAA